GUCGCUCAGCAACCAGGAAGUAAAGUGUCCGGGUCAGCGAGCGUGCGAGAGAGGCAGGAAAUAUCUGUUAAAUUACCCCCAAAAAAUCAAAAACAAAUCUACAUUUCAGCAGGCUUUCCAGGAACCUGGCGAAGGUUUAUACCUGCCUUACUUCGUCACAUUUAAUUUCUCUUCGCGUCCCUGUCAACGGAGCACUGCCCCCAACGGUCACCUGUUACAGUGACACCACACGUCUUCGAUUAUGGUGGAUGUCACGCUGGCUGAAGUGGGAAAUAAUCUGAGUGAAGCCAUAAAAAUCCUCGGAGAUGGACAGAGGGAGCUGGAGGCUGGAGCAGAGAUGCAGCAUAUCAGUAGAAACUGUAUCCCUGGACCCCUGCAGGGAGAGGGUCAGGAAGUUGCCUCUAUUCUUCAUCUUGUUCACAACCUGAUACAUGACGAGGAGGAAGAAGACAAGCCCAGCCAGCUUCGGAUGCAGAAUGUGGGUGAACAAGGUCAAAUGGCACUGCUGGGUCCCAGCCUUGCGGCCUACAUCUCAGUGCUGGAUAGACAGCGACUCCGUAAACUAACCACUCGGAUUCUCUCAGACACCAUGCUGUGGCUCUGCCGACUCUUCAGGUAUGAGAAUGGAUCGGCCUACUUCCACGAGUAUGACAGCGAAGGCCUGGUGAAGGUCUGUCGCCUGGUCAUCAACGGCCGCUACGAAGAUUACGCUACUGAAGGCUACACAGUUCUGAGCUCCAAACAGCCAGUCAUCUACCAGAGCGCUUCCUGCAGGUCCUGUCUGGGUCAGCACCUCUGCAGCCAGCUUGGCUUGCCUCUCUCCAGUUUGUGCACGGUGCCAUGCAACACCAUCUUUGGAUCCCAGCACCAAAUGGAUGUUGCCCUGUUGGAAAAACUGAUCAAAGAAGAUACGGAAGCCGGGAAGCUUCCUUUGCUGUUGAUAGCUAAUGCAGGUACUCCUGGAGCAGGCCACACAGACAAGCUGAGUCGCCUAAGAGACGUGUGUGAUCAGUACAACCUAUGGCUUCAUGUGGAAGGGGUCAACCUUGCGACCUUGGUCCUGGAUCAGGUCAGCUCUUCUAUAAAGGCAGCCACCAGAAGUGACAGUAUGACGCUGGCCCUGGGUCAGUGGCUGGGCCUGCCUGCUGUCACCUCCGUCACCCUCUACAGACACGAGGACCCCGCACUGUCCCUGGCAGCAGGUCUGACCUCCAGCCAGCCCGCGGAGAAGCUCCGGGCCUUGCCCCUCUGGCUGUCCCUGCAGCACCUCGGCCACAACGGAAUAGUGCAGAAGAUCAGACACGCCACAGCUCUGAGUCAGCAGCUCCUGCUGAAGCUGAAAUCUGUGGGGUCCGUCAUGACUUUGGUGGAAGAUGAACUGAAUUGUUCCGUAGUGCUGUUUAAGUUUUCCCCAGACCUGAAUGCAGGGUCAAGUUGGGGUUCAGCGGAUCUCUUAAGUGCCAAAGAGAAAGAAGUGAUUGAUACCUUCAACCGAUGGUUGGGUGGACAGCUGUCUCAGCUGGUUCCCACCAGCGGAGUAGACGUGUUGGAGCUGGAGGACGAAGGCACGUGCGUUCGCUUCAGCCCCCUCUUGACAGCUUCAGUUCUGUGGACCCAGGAAGAGGAUGUUGAGAAACUGGUGCAGAACCUUGUGGAGCUGGCGUCUGUUCUGAGCUCCACCAUGGGGUUGAGACAGACCUUCAGAGAGGAGAUUCACCGCCAUUCCCCCUCACUGAGAUACAUAGAAGACCUCAGCCUGCCGGGUCUGGGAGCUGUCCGGUACGAACUGCAGGCUGGAGAACUGGAUGAGAGUAGAAGAAAACAGGAGCUGGAGAAAAUUAACAGUGAGCUGCUUAAAAAACUACAAGACCUUGACACUGGCAUCAUUUUCUCUCCAGGCCCAGAGCUUGUGGCAGAAGGCAACUGCAUCUUCGUGGGCAUGGUGACUGAGGACAUUGACAUCCCAGAGCUAGUGCAGACAAUCGCUGCCCUGGGGAAGGAUAUCGAGGAAAGUGGAAGGCUUUUGGAGAACAUGACUGAGGUCGUGAAGAAAGGAAUAAUCGAAGCAGAACUGCAGCUGCAGAAAGCCAAUGAGGAGAAACUCUUGGAUGAGGGGAUGCUGAGACAGCUUCCUGUGGUUGGCUCCAUGUUAAAUUGGUUCUCUCCAGUUCAAAGCUCCAUAAAGGGAAGAACUUUCAACCUGGCCGCAGGUUCCCUGGAUUCCACAGAGGGGACAUAUUCCACCAGGGUCCAAGCAGGAAGACCGUCGCUGCAGGAAACUCCCCCCACUGGUUCAAAGAGACUGUCAGGUCAGAAGAUGUUUCAGCGCCGGCGGGCGAGCUCAGACUCCACAACUGAAGCCAGCGCAUUCAGACAAACUGAGGAGACAACCAGGGAGGAGAGCAGCUCCGUCGGCAGUGACGUCCAGCCUUCCACCUCUCCCACGGUGCUGGAGAACAUCCAGGGGACCUCAGGGCAGGGGACCUCAGGGCAGGGGACCUCAGGGCAGGGGACCUCAGGGCAGGGGACCUCAGGGCAGGGGACCUCAGGGCAGGGGACCUCAGAGCAGGGGACCUCAGAGCAGGUGGGGGCUGAGGAGCCCUCGGAGGACCACGAGGGGGAGCACAGCGGGAGCUAGACCCUCUGCUCGUGUCCUCCACCCAUCCUUGAAAUGUAGACAGCCUUACAGGAGGAGAGUGUCGCCGUCCAUUGUGAAUAUAAAUAACCAGACCAAUCUUUUUGUUUCAGUCUUGUCUGUCUCAGGACAUCAACAGUAACGGGAACCUUUUCCCUUCGAGAUUUUUACCCAGAGAACUAAAUUCAGUGCACAUUUACUUGGUUUUAUUAAUAAUACAGUUCCUCCCCCCUGAGGGAGGGAUUUGACUCAUUCAGACUGAGGAGGGUUUCCUCCCAUAUCUACGGUUGAUCAGCUGCUCUAAAAACCAGAUGAGAGCAGCUCAUUUCUGUGUGUAUUUAGAUGUAAGUGUGUCGGUAAGAGAAGAGUUCCAGGUGCACUGCCUUGUGAUGACGAGUAUAGUUCUGCUGUCCAACUGCACUAAAGAAACGGACAAUUUAGAGUUUAGUCAGGCAGCUCAACAAUAAAGUAAUUGCCAUUGCAAUGAAUGUUCACUUUAUUCAAAAAAAUGAUAGCAAUCAUUUGCUUCUGAAUCUCACUUCAUGCAUGACUCAGCCCAGAGAGACCGUGAUGUCACCUUGGAGUUAGAGUGGGUGCUCGGUGGCCCCCCUGGUUGAGUAGGUGCCCCCCUGGCUGAGUAGGUGCCCCCCUGGUUGAGUAGGUGCUCCCCUGGUUGAGUAGGUGCCCCCCUGGCUGAAUAGGUGUCCCCCUGGUUGAGUAGGUGCCCCCCUGGCUGAAUAGGUGCCCCCCUGGCUGAAUAGGUGUCCCCCUGGUUGAGUAGGUGCCCCCCUGGUUGAGUAGGUGCUCCCCUGGCGGAGUAGGUGCUCCCCUGGCUGAAUAGGUGUCCCCCUGGUUGAGUAGGUGCCCCCCUGGCUGAGUAGGUGCCCCCCUGGUUGAGUAGGUGCCCCCCUGGUGGAGUAGGUGCCCCCCUGGCUGAGUAGUUGCCCCCCUGGUGGAGUAGGUGCCCCCCUGGUGGAGUAGGUGCCCCCCUGGUGGAGUAGGUGCCCCCCUGGUGGAGUAGGGGCCCAGGGCCAGUGUCUUCAUGCAGCAUAUCCAGGCUCCGCCCCCAAGAGGGCUCAAUGACUUUUGUUGUUUUUCAUUAUAUAAUUGACUUUAGGGGAUGAUUUUAACUGAACUGAUUAUAAUUCCUGUCUGAAGAGGGGGGUCAUCUACAUAGAAGACUACUUUAAAAUGUUAGAAUUUCAAUUUUAGGAUAAUUAGCCAAAUAACAAAAUACAAGACUGUUUGUCAAUAGAAAAGCAAACAACUUGAUAUACGUUUAAAAAGCUUCAAAACACAUAUUUAUUUGAUGAAUAAGUAACAAGUUGUAAUAAUAAUAUUAUAAUAAAUUGCCAUUUUGGAAUGAAAAGAAGAGUGUGUUCAAGAUAGUUGUCACUUUAAUAAUUGUUUUAUAAUUGUUAAGACUGUUAUUGACCUUAUACUUUUAAAAGAGGAGACGUCAAUAAAGAGGCGCUUGAUGACAGUCACAUUAUUUCACACUACAGAAUAGAGAAAAGGAAGUUGUUUUAUAAUUGGGUCCAUGAAAGCAGGCUGUGUGCUACUACAUCUUUAAACUUAAACACCUGAUUUCAAGUAGUCUGCUGCACGAUUACAACAGUUAGAACGUCCGUUUAUCUUAUGGGAGGACCAGUUUGACUUAAAGGGGACCUAUUAUGAAAAACAGGUUUUCUCUUGCUUUAACAUGUAUAAAAUGGUCUCCCCUCAGCCUGCCAACUCAGAGAAAAAGGAAAAGCAACCAAAUUCUGCCGGGUGAGCCGUCCAGUGUCUACUCCCUUUCAUUACGUAACCAAAAUGCGAUUUACAUCGGUUGGCCUCCGAUGCGUGAAACCAAGCCCACAACUAACUCUAGCCCGGAACAACAACAACUAACUCCGCCGGCCGGAGCUUCCGCCAUUUGUAUCACGUCAUUCAGGCAGCCAAUCAGCACAGAGCCUCAUUAUCAUAGCCCCGCCCACUCAGAAUCCCGCAUAGAUAAUGAGGUUAGAGAAUGGGAAGAUAAAGACAUGGCUCAGAGGCUGAAUUUCUAAUUUAUUUAGCAAAAACAAUCAAAAGCUUGUUUUUAAGACAUUCAAGGCCUGUUUUAAAAUAGGUAUUAGAUGCCAUAAUAGGUCCCCUUUAAUUUUAAUCUAAUAAUGAAACUAACAUUGAGUGGUUAUUCUGAAAUAUACCACAUCCUGCAAGACAAAACAGUCGCACUAAUAAUCUGUCAUGACGAACGUGAGCUUUGUGAGGGGAAAUGACAACUUUAAUUGCCCUUUCCAAUAACUUCUGAUCAGUGUGACGUCAAGGUUUCCAUUUUUCUUUGAAUGUAUGUUUGGACCCGGGCAGCAUUGACUCAUAUUCACUGGAUAAGAGAAAUGUAUUAUUUGUUUUGUUAAAAAAAAGUCCAUAUAUAUGUAUUAUUUAAGCUUGGUUUGGAGUUUUAUUUUGCUUUCCUAUAGCGUUGAAGUCAUGUUUACGCCAUUAUCAAGGUUUUUUUUCUUUCUGCCACAGCUUGUCACUAUGAGCAUGUGCACUUUAUUGAGACUCGUUACAAUGCUCUGUGUCCAUGACUUCCAAGAGUGGGAAUCCCACCGGCACAACUUCAACAAUCCAUUUAGAAAAUAUUCCACAUCUCCAGAGGCAAGGUCACCAAUUUUAAGGUGUCUAGAAGAUCGACAACUCAAAGUUCAGCUUGUUAAACAUCCUUUUCUAUUGUGGUGCACAAUGGCCGUCCUGGGGCCGUACGUCCCCUCAGUGUCGGACGCUGGCUGCAUGGUUGUCAAACUUUCACUCUCUUACCGUGUUGUACGAUAGCUCUGCAUCUAUCAGGGGUCACUUUUAUUGCUGAUCAUUUAGUGCUUACUCUCAUGUUGGUGAAACAUCCCACUGGAGGAAAAUCUAUUGAAAUGAAGAACAGAAACAGACUUGUUUUGAAGAUAAAUUAAUUUAAAUAUGCAUUAAAUCUAAGCUGUAACACAGUGCGAAUGAAGCUAAUGCCAUAAUUGCACUUCUUCUGUCCAUCUCUUAACUACUGUACUGGUUUAAACUUCUUCUGUUUUUUUUUUCUUUCAUGUUAUAUUAGUCCAAAAAUAAAUCAAUAACCUUUUUAGAAAAUGUUUUUAUAUGAUGGUACUGUCUCAAUAUUUGACAAUAUUGACUGAUUCUUUUUUUUUCUUUUCAUUAAAGUCCU